AUGGCCGCGAUAUACACGACCGUGCCCGAGGGGCUCGUACCACUCCUGGAGACGCAUCUCCCGAACUCACUCCCCGUCCUCCGCCGGCUGCAGUUCACCGGCUUCAAGGGCGGGAUGCGCCCGACGGCGCGCGUCAUCUUCGCCUCCGACGCCCCUCUUAGCUCCGGCGCUGAGUCGGGGUCGCCGCCACAGCCGCGUCACUUCACGGUCGCGUACCUGGACUUUGGCAGCGACAAGGAGACCCAGCUGUUCAUGUACUCGACUCUAGAGGACGAGCACGGCACCGCGAUCCCCUGCGAGGAGGAGGAGAGGGAAACGGCCGAGCUGCAGAUCAUGGCGGCGCUCGAGGCGGUGCGGCAGGUCGGCAGAGAGCAGCCGGACGGCGGCCGGGCGCAUUACCCGGGGGCCUGCCUCGUAGGGACGCUGGCGACGGCGACGAGGGCGGUGAUGAUUCGGCGGGGCGCGACGGUGCGGCCGCGAGCAUCGUACGAGUACGAGAAGUGGCUGUUCCAGGUUGAGGAUGUGCCGGAGCCCGACGCGGCGCUGCCGGAGGGCGCGACGUGGGGGCCGGCGACGGAGCGGGACUGCGAGGUCGUGAUCGCGAGGACAGAGAUCCCUCGCCAGGUCAAAACCCUUAUGACAUUCCCAAGCCUGGUUCUCAGGCUGGCGGACGAGACGCCGAUCGCGUGGUCGUUUUUGGGUACCGACGGUUCCUUGUCUAGCCUUCACUGCGAGCCGCCGUACCGCCGACGAGGGUACGCAAAGGCCCUCGCCGCGCGGCUGUUCAAGACGGGCACCGGCCAUUAUGGGCUGGACGGGUGGGCAUCGGCCGAUGUGGCCCCGGACAACGUGGGCAGCCGGGCCAUGUGCAAGAGCCUGAACGGCAGGCAUGCGUGGAACUGUUCGUGGUGA